CUCCAUUCACACGCAGGGAGCCGCCGGAGAGAGAGCACCGCCGCUCCACGACCAGAGAGAGGAAUGUCCCCAAGUUUUGGAAUUUAAAACCAUGGCGAGGAUAUCUACCCGGAGGAUCACUUGAAUCUGGCUCCCACAUUGUGCCUCUGUGGAUGAUGUUCCUGAUGACGGCUUGCAACACUGAGAACAGGACAGCGGAUCAAUAGAGUUUUAUUUCCCCUCCCUUCUCUCUCUCCCUCAAACUGUCCUCCCUUCUUCAUUGACAGAAAAGCAGAAACAAAAGAAAAUCCUGACUUGGGUCUUGGUACCAGAACUUAUACUCCUCGUCCUUCUCUCUUUCUCCUUCCCCACCCCCCCCUAAGCCUUGCCACUAGACAGCCCAGAUAUGUGUCCCUUAGCUCGGUCAGUGGCUUCCCCUGGUCAGGGGAACUUUUUUCUCCUCUUGGGGCUUUUGGUUAUCAUGAGCGCAUCCUUCACUGGAGGCCAACCCCCGCCCUUCAAACGAUUUACCCCUGCUGAGUGGGGGCUCACACAUCUGGCCAUCCACAACAAAACCGGAGAAGUCUAUGUGGGAGCCGUCAACUGGAUUUUCAAGCUGUCUAGCAACCUUACCAAGCUGCGCAGCCACAUGACGGGCCCAGUGGUGGACAAUGAGAAGUGCUACCCUCCGCCAAGUGUCCAGUCCUGCCCUCAUGACCUGGCCCAGACCUCCAAUGUGAACAAGCUUCUCCUCAUAGACUAUGCACAGAACCGCCUCAUUGCCUGUGGCAGCACUUCACAGGGGAUCUGCCAGUUCCUACGUCUAGAUGACCUCUUUAAGCUUGGCGAGCCCCACCACCGCAAGGAGCACUACCUCUCCAGUGUGGCCGAGUCGGGUACCAUGUCCGGGGUCAUCAUAAGCUCACCCCACAACCCGACCAGCAAGCUUUUCAUCGGAACACCCAUUGAUGGCAAAUCUGAAUACUUCCCCACCCUGUCCAGCCGCAAGCUAAUGGAGAAUGAAGAAAAUGCUGACAUGUUCAGCUUUGUCUAUCAGGAUGAGUUUGUCUCCUCUCAGCUGAAGAUCCCCUCGGACACUUUGUCCAAGUUCCCUGCUUUCGACAUUUAUUAUGUUUAUAGCUUCAGCAGUGAGCAGUUUGUCUACUAUCUAACAAUGCAGCUGGAUACCCAACUGACUUCACCUGACGCCAGUGGAGAGCAGUUCUUCACCUCCAAAAUCGUCCGCCUCUGCGUGGACGACCCCAAGUUUUACUCGUACGUCGAGUUCCCCAUUGGCUGCACCAAAGACGGGGUAGAGUACCGCCUGGUGCAGGAUGCGUUCUUGGCUCGGCCAGGCCGGCAGCUGGCCAACUCUCUGGGGAUCUCUGAGAAUGAAGACAUCCUCUUCACAGUCUUCUCUCAGGGUCAGAAGAAUCGGGCCAAACCACCCAAAGAGUCAGCAUUGUGCCUGUUCACCCUGAGGAGGAUAAAAGAGAAGAUCAAAGAAAGAAUUCAGUCCUGCUACAAGGGAGAUGGGAAACUCUCCUUACCCUGGCUGCUCAACAAGGAGCUCGCCUGCAUCAACUCGGCUGCCUGA